GUCUUCUCAAGUGGACAGUACACAUGCCGGGGGUGCUGCCGCCGCCGUCUCAUCGCCGUCGUCCUCGAACUGUGGACAUGCUGCCGUGGUAUCGCAACACGUUUGACUCGGAGGGGGUAUUGAUUGACGAGGAGUCGGGAGCACUUAGCUACUCGCCGCCAGGCCGUCAAAACACAUUCGACAGAGCGCAUGUGCGACAGGAAGCCGAUCGGCCCGCGUAUCAGCCAGCGCCGCGACAACAUGCAUCGACGUGGACAAAGCGACUGGACAAACGACUGGAUCCCCUUGAUACAGCAUCGCCGCCACCAUCUUCCCUUCCACGCCCAUCGUCAACUCCACAGCUCUCAUCCAAGCUCCUCGGGCGAAUGAGCUGGGACCCGGCGGUGCUGGAGGUCGGGAAUGUGCAACGCGAGGCAGGUAAACAUGUGGUGCCACCGCGGGACAAGCUGUGGGCCAUGAGCACGGUCAAACUCGGUGCCAACGACGACGACCGGCAUGCGUUGGACGUGACACUGGCCAGCCUUCGCACCAACACUCGCGUUCAGGCCAUUCUAAAGCGCGACGAAGCCAAGUUCCACCCCCCUGUGGCGCCGAACGUCGCGUAUACCCCCGUGGUCCGCGCGAGGCAGUCGCUCCUGUCCAAGUUUUCGUUCCACGACACCAUGACCCAUCUCCACCCGACGGCGGCUGCUAUGUCUGGGGUCGACGACGACGACCAAGACGCGCAGGACAAGACGGCGGACGACCAACGCGUCGAGAAGCACCAGUCGCUGUCAAGGGAAAACCAGGUCAAGUACUUUGGCGAGUCGGCCAAGCAUGCGUUCUACGCCCACUACAAGCACAUGUCGUCCAAGCAGCACCUCUUCCGAUCGAGUCAUCCAGAGCUCGCCACCGACGACGAACCGACGUCGGAAGAGGUGCCAGAAGACGGAGGGGGCGUGGUGCCCACCCCAGACAUCACGCCCCGGACGCGGGUGGUGGUGGGCAGUUUAUCGAACCAUCGGCCUGCGAUGCCCCUGAUCAUCCGCAAGCACACGACCAGCGUGUUUGACUUUUCCUUUCAAUCAUUAGGUGACGACUACAUCCGCCAAUUCGCAGCGUGUAUCAACGCACUGCCGUUUGUGGAGGAGAUCAACGUUCGGGACAAUCGGCUCUCGGACGUCGGGCUGAACGCACUCCUCACGGAGAUCCAUGUGAAUCAGCUCAAGUUGCGCAAACUGGACAUUUCCGAAAACGAAAUCGGGGACGGCGCGGCCAAGACGAUGCGCCUGUACAUCGAAUGCAAAGAGUGCACCCUCAAGCAUCUGGUCAUGGAAAAGUCAGACAUUGACGACUUUGAGUGCGCUGCGUUCAUGACUGCGUUCGAAAAGAACACGAGUGUGCUCGAGCUCACGAUGCCACGUAAUCGCAUUGGCGAAGCCGAGCAGCUGAACGUCGUGCAGCCAGAAAUCACCACGGGCGGCGAAGCCAUUGCGAGCAUGCUGUAUGUGAACUUCACGAUUGCCAAGUUGGACAUCAGCUGGAACCUCCUGCGCCUCGAGUCGGGCGUGACGCUGGCCAAGUCGCUCGAGUUCAACAAGAAGCUGCUCGAGCUCCACAUAGCGUACAACGCAUGCGGCGACGCUGGCGCGAUGAUGUUUGGCCACGUCCUGACCAUCAACACGACGCUGCGGACUCUGGAUCUGAGCUACAACAACGUCGGGUGUCGUGGGGCGUUGGUGCUCGCGAGUGCCGCGAGCAAGACGAAAACGCUGCGAAAUUUGCUAUUGAACGGAAACAACAUUGGCAAGGAAGGCGGCCGCGCCCUCAUGUUUGCCAUGUGCUCGACGCAAACGGACCAGGGCUGCGACAUUGAAAUCACGGGGUGCAACCUCGCGUCUACGAGCCAAGGCAAUGGCGGCAAGGGCAAAAUCUUCGAUCCCACCGACCCCGCUGGCGAGUACUCGCUAGACUUGACGGAUCCAUUCGACCAAAUGAUCGCCACCGAGCUACUUCGACUGGCGACGUUCAAGAAAGGGUGUCGGUUCGAAAAUCUCAAGCACCAUUCGCGCCUCGAGCGAGUGAAAAACAAAGGCACGGUGAUCCAACUGGUGCACCCGAUCGUGUCGACUGUGUUCAACAGUCCGCUGGAUGUGUUUUAUACGAAGUCCGUGGCUAAGCAACGCAGUGCGUCGACCAGUUUGCAGGUGGACGUGUUUGCGUUGCUGGCAGUGUUUCGGACCCUGCACAUGGCGCCCACCGUGGAAACCCUCGAGGCAAUCUUGGCCCACAUGAAGGCACACUGGACGUCGGAUUUGGACGAGCAGGACUUUAGCUGCCAGUUCUUCCACGCUUUGUUUGAAAUCACCGACGAAGACGGGUCUGGCGGCUUGGACGCGACCGAGUUGCAAGGCAUCAUGGAGAAAUUGGGGUCGCCCAUGACAGACCACGACGCCAUGCUGGCGAUUGCCCAGUACGAUCUGGACAGCAGCGGCACGAUCGAGAACUUUGAGUUCGUCGAGCUCAUGAAGUCGCAUGUUCGGUUUCAAGCGUUCGGGUCCAAGCAUUCCCUCGCAGGGCUGGAUCCCAACAGAUUUGCGCUGCGGGAUGCCGCUACGGGUCAAAUUUGGCACAUUCCCAUCGAAGGUCGCUUGGAAAUCCACUUUGUGUACGAACGCGAAGCGGUGCUGGACAUGCACGAUGCGAAAAACCGGAUCACGGACGCGGGCAUAGCGCAAUUGAUCCGAAAUAUUAACUUGCAAGCGAAAAGUCCCGCGGAGAAGCUCGAAAUGCUCUACUUUGCCAUCAACGAGUCCGAAAUCUUGUUUUCGGCUUCGCAAGCGUAUGAAUUGCUCGAGCAGUGUGGGGGACUCAACAAAGAGGUGCGCGUGGCGGCGGUGAGUCACGCGUUGUUCCAAGUGAUCACGGCCAAGGACGCCCAGCGAUUGGUUUCGACCACCCUAAACCUUCGCGAGCGAGCCAAGCUCAAGGUCGACUUGGGCAACGCAUAUGCAGUUAUCAUGGGCAACCCCACGGCGCACUUUGCACUGGAUCUGGUUAAUCGGGCUGACCGGUGGGUCGCUCGCAAGCUGGUCGAGUCGGCGCAGACGGAGAAGAAGAUGUCCAUCGCGUCCAAGCGCGGCGACACGUCCCAGCACAUGAAUUGGGAGAACUUUCGCAACGAAACGCUCGAUGGCGAAAAGUUUGUGCUCACGACUUCGUUCUUCAACUCGCUGCCGCAAUGUGGUCACCUCGAGUUUGACUACGUGUCUACGAGUCGACCCCCCAAAGGGUCCAAGGCACUGAGCCACCGGCGAUACGAGCAGCUGGUGAAGGAACUGGCGAAGGACUGUGUGUUCAUUGACAUCCCCGACGGCGCGGGUCAGCCAGCGGCCCCGCUCGAUCCUGUGGCUAAGGCCAAGCAACGAUGGAAAAAGCUUCGCGACUAUGUCCGCCACAACCAAUUCCUCAACAUGCUCAACUACGCACGAUCGCAUAUCUUUCGCAUCAAGAAUUGCCGCGAAGAAGUGCGGUUGAAGCUGGUUCAGAUUGAGACCGCGGUCAGCGACCGGUACCUCACGGCAGAACAGGUAGUACUUAUGUAUGUACAUCGCGUUGACCUGUUGUUGCCAAUCUACGGCAACUAUCUAGGCCAGCCGGAUUGUCAUGAGCAUGCCCAGUGGAUUCCACGGACGCGUGGAAGCGGCGCGAGUGCUAUUUGCACGACUGAUCGACGUGGGCAAUUUCUGCGAAAUCUUUGACCUCUUGGACCGCGAAGACCAGUCCGAGCUCGUGAAAUCGCUCGGAUGGCUCAAUAUUUUCAAUCCGGAAAAACCCGAUCGCUUCUACGAACUGGACUUAAGCGUCCUGGAAGACUACAACAUGGCCAAGAUUCUCAUUCGACUGGCUGUGAUCGAAGAGGGAGACAAUUGGCUCGACGGGUACACGUACUCGCCGACAAGAGACGAAGCGCCGUAUCCGCAUUGGAUCUUGCCUGCCUCUUGGGAUGCCGACGACACAGGGAAAGGCGAAGGACCGCGUCGCACGGGCAUCCUUCGGUUGGUAUUCACGUCCAAGCUCGAAGAUGGCUGCAUUCCAGACUGGGACGCAAGGAGAGAGAUCAAGAACCGAGUGCUGUGUGGACCGUAGGUGCAGUGAAACCUUGGCAAUAGAACAAGUUACAGUACUGUACGUACAUGUGACACUUCGUUGAAUAAAAAAAAUACCCAUAUUACGCCG